CCGCAACGUUCAACGUCAGCCCGACUGCCAUCAUCCAGUUAUUGUCUUCUUAAACAGUGCAAGUCUACCCGCUGUUUUCCGCAAGAUGUCAGACUCAACACCGCCCAAUGAACGCCUCACGACACUUAUAGCUGCUGAACAAGCGAGACAUAUACCCAAUAUUACCGGCGAAACGGUCGCAGUGCUUGUUGGUAGCAAGGUCUUUCACGUCCACGAAGCCGUCAUCACCAGCAGUUCGGAGUUCUUCAAGAAUGCCAUGAAACCCGAAUGGAGAACUGACCUUACCAAACCUAUCAAUCUCUCCAAUGAGCGCCCAGAUACCUUCGAACAGUAUAGUCGUUGGUUGUACACGAGAAGAAUUGUUACAACCACGAAUUCGAGGGUCACAUACGUAGACCUCGCACAUCUAUACGUCCUUGGUGAGAAGAUUUUGGAUAAGGAAUUCAAGGAUGCUGUCAUUCACGCAACCAUCGAUCGUAAAAUGCAGGGCGGAAACCAUCCGUCCGCUUCAACAAUCAAAAUCCUCUAUGAAGGUACUCCUGCAAACUCUCCGGCACGACGCCUUAUGAUCGAUUUCUGGGUGUUUGCUGCUACUCCUAGCUGGAAUACCGUCAAAGACCCUUCUGAACUUAUGAGUACCGACUUCCUGAUCGAACUACUUCCUAUGCUGUUCAAACAUCGUAUGAGACCGGCGGAAUCACCACCUUGGGUUGCAAGUCCCGAAUCCUACUACACUGAUGGCUUCGAUGACGUUACAGAUAGCAACAGCGACUCCCAGUCUGAGGUGGCCACCUAGAAUGCGGUGGAUAUGCCCGAGGUUUGACUGAAGAUAUCUGGCGCUCUGAGGUAUAACAGGGUGAAGACGACAGAACGGCACGACUGUACACGUGGAAGGUGCAUGGGAAUCUGGAAAGAAUACUGGCUCGCCUUUUUCUCGAGGGCUUUCGAAGAAAGUUUCUACUAGUUAAAGAAGGAGCUUCGACGUGAACAACAGUAGCAAGUCUACAGGAACAUGUACUAGAGAUUGUGACCUUCGAUCAAGUCAAAUCUUCCUACAAGGAAUAAGAAUGCACAUAUGUAUACCUAAUUCAGAGUGAU